AUGUCGAUUGCCAACGUUUGGAUACAUGUGGCGUCAAUCUGGAUGACUACGAGUGCUGUGCGACCCCACCAGUGGCUAUCUUCGGACCCCUUCGAAGCAGACCGCCAAUUAUGUGACCGCAUCGGGGCAACCUUCGCCAAAGGACCUAACUACUGCUACUGCCCAUAUCCGCUCCAAGCGCUCUCCGCGGACCAGAGCGAACCUUGUAGGUAUAAAACUUCGGGCAAGCAGUGGUUGCCUAUUCCCUCUGUGUGGGACAUCGUCGGCGAGUGCAGAUGCCCGACAAUCGGGGAGAUUGAGCAGCUGUGUCACUCCGUCGGGGCCAACUUCGAUGGUAAAGGUGAGUGUCGGUGCCGCCGCACCAGAUUCAUUGGGAAGGGGUGUCCUGCAGACGCAGACGACAGAAGCUUCGGAACCAGUUUCGACAUUUCGCACCUGAAUGGCUUGCGAGAUUGCCGGUGCAUCACACAGGAAGAGGUCAUGCAUCACAACGCAUACGACGCCAUCCGGAAUGACGCGCUGAAUUUCUGUGCUGGCCUUUAUGCCAAUGCACGGCAUACAGCGGUUGACGACGAAUCAGCGAGUUCAAUUGAAAUCGCAGUACAAGAAGCGCUACAACGCACGGAAGCGGAGAACAUUUGCCGCACAGCGCUGGUAGGGCAAGUCGCCCCCGAGGCGGCUGAUAAGGAGUUACUUGGCCUAGAAGGAGGGGUGAAGCAGCAAUCACUACCGGCAGAGACGAGAGCCUUUCGAGUGCUGGGUCAAAAGACUCAGGCAUCGCAGACUUGGCAGCAACUGUUGUCCAAGGUCUGCAAGGACGAGUGCCAUGACCUCGUCGAGGGUAUGAAGGACUCUAAGGUCGGCUCUAAGCUCGGCUUCGCUGAAGUUGGCAUGUCAGCAGAUUCCGUCCCCAAGGUGUGCGCGGACUUGGUGGUACGCAAAGUAGAGGCCGAGGCAUUGACUUGCUGCGGUCUUUCCUGUGGCUGGAACCAGCGCACGUGCCGCUUCUGGCCCUACAUGACUUCUGCCGAGAAGGAAGAUUGGAACGCCAGGUGUUGCUCAGAAAACACUAUCCUCAGGAAUUCCACGCGGGAACGCCUGUGCAACAGCGUUCUACCAAAAGGGAACCAACAAGAGAUGGAGUCUCUGGAUCCGGAGCCCAAUGAUGCCAAGGAUGCGGAGAGGAUUGGACAAGACGAGCCUGAAGAUUCCUCCAUGCUGCAGCACGACGCGCAGCAGGUGCAAGAACUCGGACAGCUCACAUGCAGCGCGGAGGUUGGCAAGAACUGCCACCGCGAUCAAAGACAAGAGUUCCUGACCCGCUGCAACGAGGAUGAGAGCUUGAAUUGGAGCUUCAUACAAAAGAAGGUCCACGAAAAGAUCAAACGCCACGCCACCGAAUCUGUGGCUGGAGGGCAGGAGGGCAUGGCCCAGUGCGUGGGCCGUUUGACGGAAGUAGGGGCCAGCUCAGUCUCGUGGGAAGAUGGAACGUGCUUCUUCGUCUCCAACAAGGAGGACAACCAUGUGAAGAACUUGUACCAGCGUGCCCAUGCGAGUCUGGACCACGUGGAUGCUGCAGAGGUUGUGCUCUUCAAGUACCAUUGA